UCGUUUUGUUCAUUGAAAUUCUACAAUGCGCAAGGUGGCAAACCUGAAGACGUAUUUAGCCUUGCGUCUUCCGGUGAAUCGAUGUAUUGCCGUGGUAGUAGAGUGGCCAGUCAUCGAUGUGAUUCAUCACGACGACCUGAAUUCAUGAUUGUGACGGCACGCAGUUACGAGUUCAAUAGUUAGAAAGUGGUAAAACAAAUAACGAGAGAUUCCGUGCUUCAUUGUGUGCGUAGCUAGUUUCCCUGUUGUCAAUGAGGGUGGCAAGUAGAUUUUGACGAGAUUCAGACCCAGCCACUGUGAGCCCCGCGUCCGGGCUGAGCUCUUGCAUUCAUGACCCCUGUCUUGUUAAGCUUAUUCAGAUUCUGUCUCUUCUCCCUAGCCACGGACGUCGUUCAAAUCUGAAUUACAAUAUGACAUACUGCUCAAAGGAUUUAGAGGCCUUCUCGUACGAACCAAUCGACCUUGAACGCCCCGCAUUACGACUAUUACGACUCUCCAAAGGCGACUGGCGAGAUCGAAUCAGUGGUGUGCUCUUUCAAGCUUAUCUGGAUGGUAGUGAUAUGAUACCAUAUCAGGCAUUAUCAUAUACAUGGGGCGGGACCGACACUUCCUUCUUGGUGAAGAUAGACGGGAAGAUGCUUGGUGUCACAGAAAACUUAUACAUCGCGCUUCAUCGCUUGCGUAAGCCAGACUUCGAUGUGAUCCUCUGGAUUGACGCAGUUUGUAUCAAUCAACGGGAUUUGAAAGAGCGUGGGCAUCAGGUCGAGCAGAUGGGGAACAUAUACUCUCGAGCCGAAGAGGUGCUUAUUUGGCUAGGCCCAGCAACAAGUGAGACGGACGUUCUCAUGGACUCUUUAAGUGAACUCAAAGAACGGAGCCUGGAAUAUGCCUGCAGAGAUUGGAAACUGACCGACAAGCGGUGGACCAGUCUCUGGUUAUCCAUUCAGUCUAAAUUAGAAUACAGGUACUCCGACCUGGCGGAAAACCAAAGUGCAGGUCUGCGUAUUCUUUUGAGACAACCUUGGUUUGAGAGAGUAUGGAUACUACAAGAAGUGGCCAAUGCGCAGCGAGCCACGAUACUCAGUGGCAGAAAAUCUAUUCCGGCCUAUUUCUUCACACUGGCACCAUUGUUGGUAUCCGUACCUGUAUUCCCACAUCACUGCCAGGCCGUCUUAGAUAUCAUGCCGGGUUCAUCGAGAAAUGGCUCAUGGUGGAAUGAGAGUAGAGACCUACGGACCCUGCUUCAAAAGUUCCGCGGUAGUAAAGCUAGCGAUCCAAGAGACUUGGUCUAUGCAUUACUCGGUAUCUCCUCAGACGCAAAACACGUUCAUGAUUUACAGCCGGACUAUACAAAAAGCAGCCAAGAAGUUGUUUGCACAACUGCCUCUUUCAUAUUAGGUCGCUCUGAAGUCUCUCAUGACAAACUCCAGCAAUUGAUCCGCUGGCUUCCGUCCUUGAGAAAAGCGUACUACGCACUUCGAGAUACGUCUCGCGGUAACGGCCCCGAAAUAUCUUUACCUAUUCUCGAGACACUCAAUUAUACGAUUUCAGAUACCAAUGGGAAACAGAUGCUAGAGAAGCUUCUGAAGUCUUACGGUCCUUCAGAAAUUCCAAUAAGAGAGACGACAGUACUACAUGCAGCAAAGAAUCACCAAUGCGGACCCGAGAUUCUAGAAUGUUUACUGCAGCAGCGCGGUAUAGAAAUCGAAAUUACCGAUGCAGUAUUGAUUGCUGCAGCUAGCAAUCGUCGGUGCGGAAAGCAGCUGAUGGAAAUUCUUUUGAAAUAUCGCGGACCCGAGAUACGAGUAUCUUCCGGGACCCUUAGUGCUGCAGCAGGAAACACUCGAAGCGGAAAAGAGAUUGUGGAGUUGUUUCUGCAAAAAUAUGGUUCGGGUGUUCCAAUUACCCAAGCAGUGAUUGGAGAGGCUGCUGCGAACAGACGAACUGGGCAAGAGAUGAUCGAACUCUUCAUGACGCUACCUUGGAAGGGUGAUUGGAUCGGAAGAGAGGCUUUGGUAGCUACGGCUCGAUUUAGUAGCAAAGAUGCGAUGAGACUUCUCCUUGAGCGGACACGAGGACUGGAGGUUGCGAUUUUCGACAGAUUGCUCGUCGCAGCCACGGCAAAUGGCAAGCAUGGUAGAGAGAUUAUGACAAUUCUCCUGGACCAAGAAGGCCUCUCUAAUGUUGAGCUAACCCCCUCACUAGUGGCAGCUGCAGUAGCAAACAAACAGAGUGGGAAGGAUAUCUUCGAGCUCUUAUUGCGGCAUCAGCAGGGAGCACCACUGGAAAUUACGCAAAAAAUAGCAGAAUCAGCUGGGGUUCAUAAUAUCCAGAAUGUUCUAGCCUUUCUACUAGAUUGCUCUUGCGCCCAUAUGCGAAUUACACAGGACGUGGUAGUUGCAGCUGCAGGCAACAGGAAUGGCGGCCCAUUGAUAUCACUUCUCUUGGAUCGUUACGGCGCAGACAUCGAGAUCACAGAAGAAGUGCUGCUGGCAGCUGCAAGUAAUCGCCACCAGGGAAAGGAGAUAAUGUCCAUUCUUCUGAGUCAGCAUGGAGCAGCUAUUCAGAUCUCACAACAGGUACGGCUUGAAGCCGCAAAAAACCAGGAUCAAAGCGUAGACAUCACGUCAAUUCUGUUCGCUCAUAUGAGAAUAGGUUAA